AUGGCUACAAUCGUAAGCGUCUCAUCGCUUUUUCGUUCGAAUCCUUUUCCUUUCUUUGUGAACGCUGCGGUUCUCCGACUUUGCGAAACAUUCAGAGAUGAAUGCAAUGAAUUGCGUUUAUGUAUUGUGCGAGUGAUGGGUGAAUGUAAAUCUGAACUACAACUCGUGUUUUCUUGUGAUGAAGUCGCUCGACGCUUAUUAAAAGUAUCACAUUCUAAUGAUGUUCUCGCCCGAUCACUUACUCUUCAUAUGCUCGCCAAGCUUGCUGUUGUAACUGCCGAAAAUAAACAAGUUCAUCACCUGAUUAUAACAAGUCUCGAUUCAGAUGAGCAGCAAGAGCAAUUAGCAUCUAUAAUCGCAUCGAAAGAAUACAUGCGCGUAUCGAAAUCAUUUUCACAGACAAUAUUUGAAAAACUUUGUACGAGAUUACUUUCAACUGCUCUAUCAUCAACAAUGAAAGUGCGCUUAGUGGAUUUGUUUGCCGAAAUCACAGCGGAUAUUGAAAUUAUUAUGCAGAUUUUCGAGCUUGGUGAAAGGAUCCUUCAAACCGCUUGCAACAAGCGAUUAACAAUAGCUCUUAUAACGUCACUUACAACUCUGGCAUGUUCUUGUCGCUAUGGUGUCCCAAAACUGCUGAAUCUUUUACUUAAUCGGCUCAACACCACAUAUGAUCCAGUUUUUUGCGUUGUUAUUCUUCGAAGUGUUCAACGAUUAUCAUCAGCUGUUCAUAUGUUUAGCAGUUCUCAAAUAAAGGAGCUUUGUGAUUUUGGUGAAGUAAUUAAGCAUCAUAUUGUUCGCGAAGCUUGGUUAAUGACUUUAAUACGUCUUUCUAUUCAAAAUAUCAAAAAAGUGAAUGAUGUCAUAGAUGAAUUUUAUGGCUCUUGGAGUUUUCUUUUGUCAUCGGAAAAUAUAUCUAUUCGAUUAGGUGCUAUGCACUUAUUUGUUAACCUUUAUUUACGACUUUUAACAUCUAAUGUUGCUUUAUUACUUCAAUCUGCCUUUAUUAUCGGAAUAAAUGAAAAGAAAUUCAUUAAUUCAGAGAAGUUUUAUCGGUUAUUAACUGUUUUUCUUCGUCAAAGAUCUUCCAUUGAUUACGUGGAUUCACUUAUUGAAGCACUGUUGGACGUUGUGAAAUCGUCAGAUCAUUUCUACAUUCUACAGUUGCUUAUUUCUACUGCUGAAGCUCAUCCAUACUUGUAUCCUUAUCUUUCAAAAUGGGCAAGAUCGCAAUUAAAUAAUGAAAUUUUGCAGCUUUUUGCAUAUCUUGUAUAUGCACCUUUCGAAGAUGUGGCGAAUUUACCAGCAAAUCAUUUGAAUCAUUGGGGCCAAGAUUGUUGGAAACUUUAUUUGAUCGGUAGAACAGCUAUGCGAAAUGGUCAUGGCAAACGAAUUGCACUGCCUAUUUUUGAACUAAUUGAAAAAGAGGUAAUCUUUUUAGGAAUGGAAGGGGAUGGAUUAUGCGCUUUAAAAGAAACUCAGUUACAUUUCUUUUUUGCUGAAAAAUAUCUCGAAAAUAUUUUGUCAUUUCUUCUGGUGGUUCGUCGCGUACUUAUUGUUCGAAAUAUAACUAUUGGAUUAUGUAAAGAUUUACCUACAUAUAUGGCUGAUCGUUUAAUAAUAGAAUUACGAAUAUGUUCCAACUUAUUAAUUGCCUGUCGUGAUAAAUGGGCAAAAUUGUAUCGGCGUUGUUUUGAUGCUGACGCUGAGACUCUAGCUACUAUUGAAUUAUACUGUUCAUUGUGUGCUGUUUUAAGUACUGGUUUGUCGCUUUUUUGUGAAGAACAGCCUCUAAGCAUAAUUAAUGUGCCAUCAAUGAAGCGAGGUUCUGUUUCAAAUAAUCGUUUACGUUCAGCUCUUGUUUGGGCUAAGAACCAGCUUGAAAAGUUCGAAAAAAUUGCUUUCAAGCAUCGAUGUACAUACGAGCUGAACAUCAUGACUCAACCGCCUUCGCAGACUGAUAUCACUGUUAACAUCACAAGAAAUCAAAAAUUAUCAGUGUCUAUUGAAGGAGCUAUUGAAUCUUCACAGUCUUCGACCAUUGACACCAUCAUUUUAAAAAGCACCGCAAAGUUCAGUAAAGGGUCCACCAAUCAAGAUUUCUCUCAGACGCAGUCAGUUAUCCCUCGAGAAGACAAAUUUUUUAAUGCACAAUUUUUGAUCGCCAUUCCUCAGAGCUGUACGAUCGAGUUCUCUGUAGAUUUCUUGGAUAAAGCGAAAAGAUAUUGGGAAACUGAUACGAAAGCCGAACUGAGAUUGACGGUAUGA